CCUUUGUGUAACCCACCGCCCGUCAAUCAAAAUACAAAGAAAUCUGACAGUUAUCAUCUUAUUUCUACGCGUAUACAAUCAAUAUAAUUUGCUCAUCAUGUCCGGUGGCUUGUGACUAUCAGGACUCUUCGUUUCACGACAAGUCACGCAAUGACUGCCCCAGAACAGCCAAUGAAACCAGAGGAUAUGGCUGCCUUGGACGUGGACAGCAGUCAAAGCGACUUUCUUCAGCAGGAGGAGGGCAGGGGCAGUCAGGACUCUCAGCCAUCACCCCUCGACCUUCUAGCAACCACCUGCACAAAGGUUGGGUCACCGUCUUCAGAGGUGGACAGAGGUGCUGCUGCUGAUGUGACAUCUGAUCCGUCUACUCAGCUUACUGGGACUGAUAAAUGGGAGGUGUUAACACCCACAACAGCAGCAAAGGAUGAAUCUGGAAUGAUACAGAUCCAAAGUCAAGGAAUAUUAACAUCAAAUGGACAGUAUGUUCUUCCUCUCCAGAACUUACAAAGUCAGCCAAUCUUUGUGACGUCGGGAACAGCCACCUCCAAUGCCAAUGCAGUGCCUAACAUUCAGUACCAAGUAAUUCCUCAGAUUCAGACAGCAGAUGGACAGCUGAGCUUCUCCACAUCCGGCGUGGAAGGAGCGACUCUGACUCAGGAUGCCACGGGGCAGAUUCAGAUCUUGUCUGAUGGUAGCCAGAGUCUCAGUGUUACAUCAACUGCAAACAUCCUUAAUAACAACCAGAACCUCAUAUCACAGACUGGUAACAUCCAGCAGAUCCAGGGGGUUUCAAUCGGCAGCUCCACCUUUAACAACCAGGGUCAGGUUGUUGCUAAUGUGCCUGUGGGUUUGCCUGGGAACAUUACUUUUGUUCCUAUUAACAGUGUGGACUUGGACUCCCUGGGCCUGUCUGGAGCUCAGACUAUAGCAACAGGGGUCACUGCUGAUGGCCAGCUAAUUAUGGCAAGUCAGCCUGUGGAUGGCUCAGAGAGUCAGGUGAAGACAGAUGACCACCUCUCACAGACAAUACCAGUCAGUGACUCAAAUGCAAAUCCUGAGAUUUUUGUGCCAACGUCUUCCUCUCAGCUACACGUUCCAGCAAAUCAAUCAGGUCUGUUGGCACAAGAUUCCUCGUUGUCAUCAGUGGCUACGGAACAAGCCGACUCAAGUUCUGCUCUCCAAGAAAGCUUCAUCCAACAAAAUCAGGAGCAGAGCAUCCAGGCAUCCUCUGCUCCACCCAUCAUCCAGCUGCAGCAGGUGCCUGUUCAGUCCACCAAUGGUCAGGUGAUGCAGACAGUGGCGACAGGAGGCCAGAGCGUGCAAAACGUGCAAUUGAUCAACCCAGGAACCUUCAUCAUCCAAGCCCAGACGGUCACACCAUCGGGUCAGAUACAGUGGCAGACCUUUCAGGUGCAGGGAGUGCAGAACCUGCAGAACCUCCAGCUGCCCACCACACUGCCCCAGCAGAUAACCCUGGCUCCAGUCCAGACUCUGUCACUGGGUUCCAGUCCAGUCAGCAUCAGCACAGGACAGAUCCCCAACCUGCAGACAGUGACAGUCAAUUCAGUGGCUCAACAGGAAGGAGACACAGACACCCCUGCAGACAUUCAGAUAAAGGAAGAGCCAGACUCUGGAGACUGGCAGCUGAGCACCGACUCUACACUGAACACAAGUGAUCUGUCCCACCUCCGCGUCAGGCUGGUGGAUGAGGAGGAUCAGUUGGGCCAGGAGGGCAAGAGGCUGCGCAGAGUGGCAUGUACUUGCCCCAACUGUAAAGAGUCAGGUGGAAGAGGAUCCAGCAUGGGGAAAAAGAAGCAGCACAUCUGCCACAUUGCGGGAUGUGGGAAGGUAUAUGGAAAGACAUCGCACCUGCGAGCACACCUGCGCUGGCAUUCAGGGGAGCGACCUUUUGUUUGCAGCUGGAUGUUCUGUGGGAAGAGGUUCACACGCAGCGACGAGCUGCAGAGACACAGGAGAACACACACAGGAGAGAAGAAGUUUGUCUGCCCAGAAUGUUCCAAGCGCUUCAUGCGGAGCGACCACCUGGCGAAGCACAUUAAAACCCAUCAGAACAAAAAAGGUGUGAACUCUGGCAGCUCAGUGGUGGCCUCGAUGGAAUCCGCGGGGUCCUCAGACAGUAUCAUCACCACGGCAGGCGGGACCACCCUCAUCCUCACCAACAUCCAGCAGGGCUCCAGCACCGCCCAGGACAUCCUGGCCAAUGCAGAGAUCCCUCUCCAGCUCGUCACCACGGUAGCGGCCAGUGAAGUCAUGGAGUGAUUUACACUCCACUUAUGAACUUCUACAAACUCUCUCAUACUGUAUACUCCUACCUAUGUUUUUAUUCAAGUUUUGAAGAAAAACUAAAAUUAUAAAUAUAUAUAUAUAUAUUUUAACACAAAUAGUCAGUCCAUGUCCAUACUCAGUUUUUACUGAGGAAACAGUAAAACUAGUGUUGGAGACUAAAAGAAGAUAAAGGUGGAAAAAGACAUUGCAGUAAACACACAAGGAAAUGCCUUAUUUUGUACAAUAUUGUGUAGUUGAAUAUGUAGGAUAUCAUUUUGUUUUGAAUCUACUUAUUUGUUAAUAUUGUGUUUUUCAUGAAAAAGUAUUGGUAAGUUGAGCGAUUUUCUCUUUGCCUUUUGUUGAUGCUAUGUUCUGAUGAUGUCCUUGGUAAGCAAGAUUUUCUCCAUAUUCCUUUCAGCAAAGACUAAAUCUCACAACAGAGAUAAUUUUAUCCAGCUGAAGUAACGUUAUUGCUUAUGUCCAUGCAAAUUUCUUAAUGUAUUUUUUUUUCACUGUCCUCCUUAGAGUCAGUCUGUUUGCAAAUUAGCAAGCCCUCCUUGCUACUUUUAUUUUUUAAAAACUUUGCUCCCACUAACUUCAUUUUGCAGGUGAAAAUGAAAAACAAUCAAAAUUUUGUAUUGCAAUUCCUCUUGAACAUAUAUUGUUGAUAUUAUACACAUUACUUGCUUAUUAAAUAUUUUGACUGAACCGCUAUUUAUAUCAGGCUUUACAUCGAAAAUGCAUUUGUGAUAUUAAAAGUCCGAAAUAUUUCAUAUGGCUCCAUAAUAUGUGAUUCAAAUGUGUUUUUCGUUUAACCUUUUUUGGAGGUCUUCAAAACAAAACAAACAAAAGCAAACAAAAAAAAAACAACAUUCAUUUUAAAAUGAAGUUAAAAGCCAUUUUUUGAAGGUCAUUGCCAAAUUAGAUUACAAACUCAGGGUGACUUGUGACUGUGUGAUAUGAGUAAAGUAAAUCACCCCUAUAGCUUCUUGGACCAUGGUGGGGUGUUGUGAAGAAAUGUAAUUUGAUGGACCAAAAGCUGAGGUGAAUUAAGCUGUCACCAUGUUACCUAUGUUUGUUGAAUCUAUGUUUUUUUUGUUUGUUUGUUGUAUUUGUUUUUUGUUUUGUUUUUUUGUUUUUUUUUUGUACCAAUAAGGACAACCCCCUUAAUGGAAACAGCUUUGCAGAAUUCUUCACCAGUAUCUUGCUCCAUCAGUCCUAUCAUGCAGUUGAAAAAAUCUGUGUAUUACUAAAAGCGGUACUCUUUUAACAGCACUGUUGUCAUCACUUUCAUCUUGUUUGUUGUUAAUCCUUUUGUAUAAAAAUGUUUUGUAUACUUCCCAAAAUACUGCUUUAUACCCAUUGUCAGUAAAUGUACAAUGUUUCUGU